ACCAAGCGGAAGUUACAUCGAAUAACAUGGCGGAAGAAAACUUUGAUCGCGCUUGUGCUACUGAUUCUCCAACAAAAUCCAUUUCAAAAGAGUCCCCAGAAGAUGAAAAUUCAAACUCUGGUAGUCCUGCGCCUGAAAGCAGCCCGGACCUUAGAAGCGUCCUUGUUACGAGCGUUUUAAACGUGGAGACGCUCGACGUAGACCUGUACAGGGGGACGCAUCACUGGGUACCCCGGACUCAGCGCUUAUUUGGAGGACAAAUCAUUGGUCAAGCCCUUGUUGCUGCUGCCAAAUCUGUCAGUGAUCAUCUGUAUGCUCACUCCCUACACUGCUACUUUGUGCGAGCAGGGGAUCCCAAGGUUCCAGUGCUGUACCAGGUAGACCGUACAAGAGAUGGUCGCAGUUUUACAGUGCGCUCUGUGAAGGCCAUCCAGCACGGGCAGCCGAUACUCAUCUGCCAGGCGUCCUUCCAAAGGUUACAGCCAAGCCCCUUGCAACACCAGUUUACGAUGCCGGUGGUCCCUAAGCCGGAAGAGCUCCUUACUGUGGAGGAACUCAUCCAACUUUACCUCAGUAAACCGGGCCUGGCUGACAAUUUAAAACAAGGCCUUAACAGAUUGCUGGCAAUUGAAGUCCCGAUUGAGAUCAAGCCAGUCAACCCUCCACAAAUUUACAGAUUUGUCGCGGAAGAACCGAAGAAACUCUAUUGGGUGCGAGCCAAAGGACACAUUGGUGAAGGCAACAUGAAGUUGCAUUGCUGCGUGGCUGCCUAUGUGUCUGAUUUUGCCUUUCUGGCCACCGCAAUACUGCCAUACCCCAACUUCAGGAUCGAGUUCUCAGCUUCUCUGGACCACGCCAUGUGGUUCCAUAACACUUUCCGUAGUGAUGAGUGGAUGUUGUACGAGUGCGAGAGCCCGUGGGCAGGUGGAAGUAGAGGACUAGUCCAAGGCCGACUGUGGCGAAGAGAUGGGGUGCUGGCUGCCUCCUGUUCCCAGGAAGGUGUUCUGAGAAUCAAAGAAGUUGCUGGGCCUAGCAAACUAUAGGCACGUGGUUUUGCAAGUUCUAUUUGUUGGUGAAUUUAUUCCUUCCCUAUUUAUUUGAAUUUACUGCACUAAAAUAUUUAAUUUAUAAAUAAUUAGGUCUAGUAAUUACCGGACCAUUAAAAUAAAAUAGUUCCAAAUGGCAAGAUUUGUCAAAGGCAGUGUUAUGGAGAAAUUGAUUUCUCUUGGUAUCACACUUGAACAGACUACUAAUCACAUUUUACUAGUCAACCACAGUUUAAAACUACAUGAUGCAAAUAAACUUGCUGAAAAGGUAA